AUGGCCAGUGCGCUCUAUCCACCUGUCACCGGGCCGGCGACUGUGGCCUCCCCCGGUUCCCCGACAACGGUGGCACAAGAGGCCAGCUGGGUUGUCGGCUUCCCGGCCAAUGUGAAGCCAAUAAGAGAAAACAUGGAGACAGAAAAUGAGACAUUGAGCUCAGACUUCAUUCUCCUGGGCCUCUUCCCUGUAAUGAGAUACACUGGCCUAUUUGUUUCUGUUGUCCUUCUUAUCGUCACCAUUGCCAUCACAGGAAACACCACCUUGAUCCUCCUCAUCUGGGCAGAUCCUUGCCUUCACACUUCCAUGUAUUUCCUGCUUAGCCAACACUCCCUCAUUGACCUGGCUUUCAUCUCUAGCAUAGUCCCCAAAAUGUUGGUCAGCUUUUUCUCAGGGAAGAGAAAUAUCUCCCUGAAUGACUGUGAGGCCCAGAUCUUCUUCACCUUGACUCUGGGAAUCACUGAGUGUCUCCUCCUGACAUUCAUGGCAUAUGACCACUAUGUGGCUGAUCCUCUCAAAUACCCAAUCAUUAUAAGCCACUGGGUCUCCCAGCUGAUAGCUGUGGGGCCCUGGGUGGGAGGAGCUCUGGCAUACUUUGUCCACACUGCCUAUGCCAUGCAUUUUCCUCUCUGUGGCCAAGAGCUCCACCACUCCUUUUGUGAGGUCAAAGUGAUCCUGAAGCUGUCCUGUGAGGAUAUCUCUGCCCACGAGAAAGGGGUAGUAAUGACCAUCAUUUUGGUUCUUCUUCCCACAAACCUCAUUCUGACCUCAUAUACCCUCAUCUUCCUCUGGGUCCUGCAAAUUAACUCCCCAGAGGACAUGAACAAAGCCCCAGCUACUUGUUCCUCCAAUCAGACUGUGGUUACCUUUUACUAUGGCCCAGCCAUGCUGAUAUACAUGAGGCCUAGGUCUUUCCACACCCGUAUUCUGAAUCAGGCUCUCUUUAUGUCUGACACAAUUCUCACCCCCAUGCUGAACCCCCUUAUCUAUAGCUUGAGGAACAGGGAAGUGGUGGGCUCAAUGAGGAAGGUGCUGGGGAGAUACCCCAUUUCAAAUUAG